UAGACAGACGCAGACCAACACACUGUUAUUGGCGGUUUAUCGAUUAAUCAAGAGUUUAUUCCAUUCAAGUGGAGAGAUAAGGUUACUGAACAGCUUAGAGGCGGACUGUGCGGCAGACCACAGCAUAACAAUGCCGGCUGGAGAGGGAAAGAGUGACAUGGAGCGUCUGGGAGUGUUUCAGGAGAUGGGGUAUGUAUCCAUCGGAGAUAAGUACGUCCCGGCCAGAUACAGUAAGUUGAUCGAUCUCCUGAGUAAUUUCAAAUUGUUUCAAAAUGUUUAACAUUAGACAGAUAUUAAAUAAAUAUAGAAAAAAUAAACCAGAUCAUUUUGAAUUGCUAUAGAUUGCAAAUAAUUUGAAAUGAAGAAUUAUCUACAUGAUGUUUUAUCUUCUCAACGUGUUGUAAGGGUUUGCACUAUAGGUUGACAACUAGUUUUCAAAUUAUCAGUCUGAAUAAUCAGCAAUGUAGCAUUAAAAUAGCAAUUCAAAGAUAAAUUCCUCAAUGAAAAGUAAGAGAAGCCUGUGGCCGAGCAGCAUCAGCAGUUCUACACUCCUUCUGGUUCGGCUGAAUCUAUAUGUACUCUUAUAUAUUCAGAGAACAUUGUUCUUGAGAUGUAUUCUCAUGAGACUACAGACUUCCUCUAAACUAAAGCUAAUGGUAUUCCUAAACAAAGAUCCCUUUAUCUUAACAACAAACAUUACAUUAUCAAUACAAUUGCAUUUUAAGUUGAAACACUUUUAUAAUCCAAAGACAUCAGCCAUGAAGGGCUGUGAUCCACAGAUCAGUGGUCCCACAUUAGGAUAACCCUAACCCAGACCCCCGCCCCAGGACCCUUCAACGAAGCGGCGGGGCGUGGCCGUCAGAUGCAGACGGGGGGGCCGCGACUGAGCAGCUCGCUGCAAAUCGGCUUCUUUGAAACCACCUUCCAGCGGAUCUUCGAGAGCGAGGCACUGAACGAGCCGCUGAAGAGGGCACGGCAGCAGCGCCUCCAGCAGGCCCGGAGGCGCGUGGGCGCACUGUUCCUGCCCAGCGAUGGCCCCAAGCAAACCUGUGGUUCGGGCAGUUACUACGGGACUCUGUCGGGGCCAAUGAAGGCCAUGAGCACCCAGGCCGUCCCCAAGAAGGGCCUCCCCUCUCCCGGGCGCAACAUCUACACCUCCCCUCCCAAGAAGGGCGCCGGCUCCAGCUAUCCCAACGUCACCCUGUCCAAGACGGACCUGUACACCCCCGACCGCUACGACCGAGCCAAGGAACUCCUGCAGAGCGAGACAGCAACCAACCGUUCAAAGUUCAAGAGUGGUCCCUUUAAACUCCACCUCCACCCUAAAGACUAUUUCCAUGAAAACCCAUACUUUAGCAACAAGCCCAUCCCACCAGCGCAAAAGCCACUCCCUGCAACAAAACAAUUCUUAGUUCCAUUCAAACCUUCCUCCCCUACCAAGCAGAUAGGGGGCAUGAAGGCGGGGACCUUUGACCUCUACCCGUCCCAUUCGGCUGACCCCUACAAGCCUGGCCGACCCAAACAAGCGAACCCUGGGCACCCAACGUUUUGGCCAGCUCCUGGUCCAAAGAGCUCCCCUGUCAAGAGCAUCGUAACCCUGAAUGUCAACAGAGUGGUGAACUCUACCAACUAUGCCGCCCCCAUCCCCCCGAUUAUGACCGUCUGAUGGACCUUAUGCAUGCGAUGCUGGGCAACAGGGGUCGACUCUUUUCCCGCGUCCCCUUACCACAUUUGGACCAUAGAGAACGUAAGAUGAAAACAGGAAUAUCUGUUGGUUAUUCUUUGCUACAAAGUGUAGUGAGUGGUCCAAUACUUCGUAAUAUCUGUUGGUUAUUCUUUACUAGAGUGGUCCAACACAUGGGAAUAUCUGUUGGUUAUUCUUUACUACAGAGUGGUCCAACACAUGGUAAUAUCUGUUGGUUAUUCUUUACUACAGAGUGGUCCAACACAUGGGAAUAUCUGUUGGUUAUUCUUUACUACAGAGUGGUCCAACACAUCGGAUCACUUAGAUAAUCGUUUGUUGUUAUGCUCAACUGUACCCUGUUGACUUGUCGAGCAGAUGAUCUUAUUUAUAUUACAUGUUGCUUGUUGAGUAUAAAGCCAAAUACCAUUCAGUAAAGUAGAAAAAACAUUUGGAUUUUAUUGUAAAAUGGAGAAAGAGUUGGUUGGUCAGUGAUGAACAUGUUGUUGACUCUCCGUAACUAUCAAAGAGAAUAAUGUCGGUAUCCUAUAUUCAUCACCCAUCCCCCACUGCCCAUAUAGGCAGUUCUUCUCCAUUAAGCAUUGUCAAACCCAUUCUGUAACUGGUACUGCGUGAUACAAUGCUUUGAUUACCUUGGAGACAUUGAUACAGUGGCAUGCACCUCUACAGACCAACAAUCAACCUGGAUGGAAGAAGAAAUUGCUUCAUUCAUUCUCAUUCUUAAAAUUAUUUGUCUGUUUUUGACAGCACAGUUGGUGUUUUAAUGUAAAAUUCCAAAACAUUGAUCAAAGUGUUGUACAUACUUAAGACAUACUUCAGUGUAGUUGUGGUGCAAUAAAGUAAAAAGUAACAUCUUCUCAGAUGUUUAGUAGUAGCGAUUUGUGUGUUUGUGUGUGUGUAUUUGCGUGUUUGUGGGUGUUUGUUUGUGUGUGU